AUGCAUCUCAAGAAGGCUUUCUCUGUCGGCGCGUGCAUCCUCGGUGUCAUCGAGGCCUCUCCUAGCCGCGCUCACGCCUUUACUAAGAGGCAUGCCGCUAGCUCAGAGGAGUAUGACUUUGUCAUCGUUGGUGGUGGUACGGCCGGUCUGACUGUUGCCCACCGCGUUUCGGUCGCCUUUCCCAACAAGUCCGUGCUAGUCAUCGAGUAUGGCAAGAUUGAGGGGACUGUUGGUUACUUCGACCCGCCCGAGGAUGGCCGUGGUGCCAGCCGCCUCGUCAUAAGCUCCCCUCCCGUUGCCAGUGUUAACAACCGCUCUGCUACCGUCAUCCUAGGCAUGACUGUUGGUGGGGGAUCCACCGUCAAUGGCCAGUUCUUGGAUCGUGGCUCCAGGUACGACUAUGACGAGUGGACUCGACUUGGAAGCCCCGAGUUUGAUAACACCACUGACAUUUGGGACUGGGAGAACUUUGGGCCCGUGUUCGGCAAGUCCUUAUUCCUUACUGAGCCUAGCGACGAGCUUGUAGGAGAGUACGGCUACACUUGGGAUGCCUCUUAUUAUACCGGCGACUCCAUUCAAGCCUCUUUCCCUCCCUUCCAGUGGCCUGUCCAGCGGUGGAAGGCGUACGAGGAGCUCGGUCUCGAGACCCCCGUUAGUUGCGAUGAUGGGAACAAGCAUGGUAUCUGCUGGGUUCCCUCGGCCCAGAACUCUGAAACCGUCGAGCGAUCUCACGCCGGUGUUGGUCACUACACUAGGAUCGCUGACUCCCUCCCCAACCUUGACCUCCUCGUCGAACACAAGGUCACGCGCCUCAUCAUCGACAAGGACAAUAAUGCACCACCUGUUGUCGAGUUCAGACCCGUUGCUGGCGGCGAGAUUCAGACCAUCCACCCUAAGCAUGAAGUCAUAUUGUCGGCCGGUGCCAUUCACACACCUCAGAUUCUCCAGCGCAGCGGUGUAGCCUCUGCCGAGUACCUCGAGUCCGAAGGCAUUGAACUCGUUGAGGACCUUCCUGGUGUUGGCCAGAAUUUCCAGGAUCACUGCGGCACCCCCCUAUCCUGGUCUUAUGACGAACCUUCCCCCAGGGAGGGCGACAUCACCAACAACGCAACUUACGCUGCCGAGGCUGUCGCGCAGUUCCGUGAGCGCCCUGCCCGCGGUCCUUACACUAUCGCCAUGGGUAACAGUGCUGCCUACGUUGCCCUGCAGCACGUCACCCCCCAGUGGGAGCAGAUCGUCGCCAAUAUCCGCGCCCAGAUCGAGGACCGCUCCGCCCUCGGCCAUCUCCCCGCCAUGGCUGCCAAGUCUGUCCAGGAGGGCUACCUCGCGCAGCUCGAGAUCAUCGCCCAGGCUCUCGAGCACCCUGAGCACCCCAUCCUUGAGAUGCCCUUCCAUACCGGCCCUGGAACCGCCUUCCUCCUCAAGCCUCUCAGCCGUGGCUCCGUCGUCCUGAACUCAACUGACCACGAUGCCACCCCCAUCGUCAACUACGACACCGGCGCUAACCCCAUCGACCUCGAAAUCAUGGCCACCUACGUCGACUACUUCCGCCGUAUCUACGCUACUGAUACAUGGCAGGAGCUCGGUGCUGUCGAGGUCGCGCCCGGCGCCAACGUAACUACUCACGACGCUCUUAUUGAGUACGUCAAGGACAAUGUCAUCCAGUCACUCAUGCACCCUUGCUGCACGGCUGCCAUGCUUCCACGCGAGAAGGGCGGCGUGGUGGACUCGAGCCUCUCAGUCUACGGCAUCUCCGGUCUGCGCGUUGCUGACUGCUCCAUCAUUCCCACCAUUCCUGCUUCACAUACUACCACCACGGCGUAUGCCAUUGGCGAGAAGAAUUCUCUCGAGGUAUUUCAACCAAUUCUCGCCCAGCACCUUUCUCAUCUUAUCUUCACUCCACCCCUUCCUCGCCAUCGCGACAGCCAGUUGAGCCCGGUCGGCCAGCGGACCCAGAGGCUUCACAACCUUCUGACUCCCCCAUGGAGUGAGCUGCCUGGCAUACCCCUUGUCUUUGUUACACCAUGCCAUGAAGUCGCUCGGACGUCCGUGACCCUCGCUCGCGUCGGAGCCGAUGCCCACGAGGUCCUCUCCCGCGAGGCCGAUGACAUAGUCGAGGGCAUCUACAUAGUCGUCGAUGGUGCUGUCGUUGCCCUUUGCCAUGUGCGGACCAAACUGGCUGAGGCCGAUGAAACCACCCUUGGAGGCGAUAAACUUGAUCAGGCGGUCGUCCUUGUUCCGCGGAUGCUCCUUCAGCCCUCCCGGGAGCACAUCGCAGACAAUCCCGAGCUUGGCCAUCUCGUCCACCACCUCUCUUCCGAAUCCAGUCAGCCCGGAGUCCCUCAGCUCCGUGUACCCAGCGCCGCUGUAGUUUUGCGUGUUGUACGUCAGCUGCAUCUUGCGGACGCCGAGGUCGCGGAAGACGCGCAGGUAGGACAGCUGGUCCUCGAUGCCAGCCGUGUUUUGCCAGCUGAGCAAUACGGCGGUGCGGCCGGACUCCUUGGCACGGCGGAUGUCGGCGACAGUGUGCGCCUGCACGAUCAGGUCCGAGUGCUCCUCGAACCACUCCUUCCACUGGACGACAUUGGCAAGGCUGCCCCGGAGACCCUCCCAGAGCCCGCAGGUACAAGACACACCGGUGAUGCCGCCGGCGUGCCAGGCCUCGAAGAUUUCGCGGGAAAAGUUGGCUAUGUUGAGGCCAUCAAAGUGGAUGGACGACUUGUAAAUGUCCAAGGCCUCUGUCUCGGUUGGCAUGCUGGGCUUAAGAGAUGGUUGUGA